CCACCGCGUUUCAGCAGGACAUAAUUGCUGCAGUAAAAUAUAUAUAUUUCACGCGACUGGAGCUCUUCAUCGUCCCCUACGUUUGUCUGCUUUGGUUCGAUCCUCGAUCUUCUCAAAAAACCCUAAAAAAAAAUUAAAAAAAAUUCGCAUCUUUUCCAAUCCUAGCUAUCAAAUCUCGAUUGCCGGCUUCUGGAUUGGAGCAUGUGAGUAGAGAUGGAGUCUGGAAAAUCGGCGGCAUCUCCGUCGCUGAUGUCUGUGGCCGAGUCUGAAGAUACCGUCGGCGAUGUGUUGAUUUCAGAGUUACGUGAGAGGCAUCAAUUGGAUCUAGAAAAUUUGACAUUAACAACGCAACCCUUCAAGACAUUAAAGCUUUUCACUUUGGCCAUAGUUCAAUAUCUGAAACAGUCAAUUUUGUAUGUUCUUACAAGAGGUGGUUGGCUGAUGCUAUUUUGUACUGUGGCUGUGGCAUCUGGACUUCUGCUCAUAGCUGUUGAUGGGCCUCAUGAGAAGCAUGUUCAAGAGUUCAUUCGCUAUUUCAGAUUCAUACUGUGGUGGGUGGCACUAGGCGUGGCAUCAUCAAUUGGGCUUGGAUCUGGUUUGCAUACAUUUGUGCUAUAUCUUGGUCCCCAUAUUGCGCUGUUUACAAUAAAAGCCAUGCAGUGUGGCCGAGUCGAUUUGAAAACCACCCCAUAUGAUACCAUACAAUUGAAAAAAGGCCCUUCAUGGCUUGAAAAGGAUUGCUCUGAGUAUGGCCUCCCAAUGUUUCCGUCAUUGCCUGAUUCGCUGGUUAGGGUUCCGCUUAGCAGCAUAUUGCCACAGGUUCAGUUAGAAGCUAUUCUGUGGGGUUUUGGAACUGCUCUUGGGGAGCUUCCACCAUAUUUCAUCUCAAGAGCAGCAUAUAUGUCAGGUAGCAAAUUGGACACCAUGGAGGAAUUGGACGCUUCCUCAAAAGAAGAUGGAGUAAUAAUAGGUCGCCUAAAACAAAUCAAACGCUGGCUGUUUGAUCACUCGAAGCAUAACUCGCAGCAUCUGAAUUUCUUUACAAUUUUAAUACUUGCUUCGGUACCAAACCCACUAUUUGAUCUUGCUGGCAUCAUGUGUGGGCAAUUUGGAAUCCCAUUUUGGGAGUUCUUUCUUGCAACACUGAUUGGAAAGGCGAUUAUCAAGACUCAUAUACAGACAGUUUUUAUAAUCUCAGUUUGCAAUAAUCAACUGCUAGAGUGGAUAGAGAAUGAGCUGAUUUGGGUGCUUGGUCUUAUCCCUGGACUGCCUUCUGUCCUUCCCAACCUCAUCGCAAAGCUGAUUAAGAUGAAGGAGAAGUACUUAACAGCUCCAGUUGCAGCUCCUUCAAAUGUAAAGGCAAAGGCAUGGGACGGCCUGUCGCUGAAUUCGGUCUGGAAUAGUGUGGUGUGGCUCAUGCUUUUGAACUUCUUUGUUAAGAUAGUGACCUCAACUGCACAGAGGCACCUCAGGAAACAACAGGAAGCAGAGCUGGCGGCCUUGACUCAACAGCCAGCAGAGACCAGACACUCCAAGGGUGGGUAUUGAUUCAGUAUCUGACCGAGCGCCGAAUCCAGUGCCCCUUUUAUUCCGGGAUUCACCCCAGGAUAUGUUUGCCAUCCCACUACAAUCCCUACACUGUUUUGUGGAACACAACAGGAAAUGAAAGAAAAAAAAGAAUAUACAUAAGGGAAGAUGCAGAUUCUAUUUAUUCUUCUGCUACAAGGGAGGGCAUAUGGUGCCUGAGAUUGGCUGUACCUUUUCAUUGUAGGAAUUAAACCUUCGAAUGCUAUUCUUCAGGCAUAUGCAACACAAGUUAGUUAUUUCCAA